AUGGGAGGAGAGUAUUUAGUCAGAUCGAACGAACUUUAGAAAAGUCGAAGUGACAAAAAAUGGCUCGAAAAUACUCGUUCGUAGUCGUAGUAAACUCGGUAACUGCGCGAUACUUUACAAUGGCUAGUCAGCGCGCUGUGCGCUUCAUUGUUGGUGGUCCGGUGAAGUUUCGCACUUGUCUGCACGUUUGCAAACAAGGAGCCAAUCCAUCUGUGUUGGCCGUUCCCUUUGCUUCUCACUUGUUCUCGGACGCCAGGAGAGGCAACACUGAAUCUCGUGCGCACAGUUGCUUGAACCCGCCGUUCCCUUCGCGCACGUCUGCCAGGCAGGUAUGUGCCCAAGGAACUCUCCAUGCAUUUGGACGCAACCGAGUAGCUUCCAUCAGCCUAAAUGGCAUUGUAUCCGGCGUACCUACUUUCCAUCUCUCCUCGAACGGUGUGAGAUGGUUUUCGACGUCUGUUAGCAGACGACAAGAUGCUUCGGCUACUGCCACAGCAGAUCCAGUUAUUGCUCAGAACCCUCCGUCUUCGGAAAGCGGUGCGUUUGUAAUUCCGGAACCUCCACCGGUUCCCACACCGCUGCCGGAUGGAGGCGAGUUGGUUCUACAAGGAGGUACGUCCGAUCUGACUGCCUUGGGACUGGGAGGAUGGUGGCCGACGGGGAUGUUUCAGCAGUUUCUGGAUAUGCUGCAUAGUGCUGGUUUGCCGUGGUGGGGCGCCAUAGCGCUGGCGACGUUUUGCCUGCGACUACUUGUUUUCCCUCUGGCCGUCAAAGCGCAGCGUAACGCAUCUGUUCUGCAACAGAAAAUGCCAGAAGUACAGAGGGUGCAGGCGAAAAUGACCGAAGCCAGACUACAGGGUGAUGCCAUGGGAGCUGCAAUGGCAUCAUAUGAACUACAAGAAUUAAUGAAGAACGGAGGGUUUAACCCGAUCAGCUCCCUCAUCCCUAUGUUUGCUCAGAGCGCGAUAUUUAUAUCGGUAUUCAUUGGACUUCGUGGUAUGGCCAAUGCCCCAGUGGAGUCCAUGAAGGAUGGCGGAUUAUUUUGGUUUACCGACUUGACGGUUGCCGAUCCGUAUUACAUUCUCCCAAUUGUCACCAGUAUGACACUGCUAGGUGUAAUGGAAUUGGCAGCGGAAAGCGGGGGUGUGGGAGGCCCGGUUGGUGAAGGGCAAAAAGUGAUGAUGAGAUGGGCUAUGCGCGUACUUCCCAUCAUCAUGUUUCCUUUCAUGGCUCGAUUCCCGGCUGCUAUGUUGUGUUAUUGGUUCACCUCCAAUGCAUUCUCGUUGGCACAAGUGGCUCUCUUCAGAAUUCCCGCCGUACGCGAAGCACUUAAACUGCCUGCCAUAGUUCGCCACAAACCAAGCGCACUGCCCACCAAGAAAAAAGGUCUUCGCGAGAGUUUUCGGGAAUCGAUGCAGAAUUCAAGGAUCUCCCGGGAAAUUGCGGAUCGGUCUCGCAUCGACUCUGUACGUUUUCGUGAAGCGGGAAUGGGGCCUAUUCAGAAGACCUACAAGACCGAUCCUACUAAGCGGCGUAGGGAUGCCGCUAAGAAAACUGCUAACUGAUGACCGUCGCUCUUAUUUUGCAUGCCGGAGUAUCUAGACAGAUGUUGUGAAUAUUAUAAAUAAAUAAUAAUUAUGAUUAUUUCAUUUCUGUUUUAUACUGUUUAUGGCAUGGUUUUAUACUGUUGAUAGAGAAAAGGGAAUAAAAAAUCGUUUUUGACAA